GCCCCGGGCCCAGCCCGAUGCCCGGCGGCUGGCGGAGGUGAAGGAGCGAGCGGGUGCUGCAACCUCCCGGCCGCGGCCCCCGGGGCCCCGGGCAGGGAACAAAGGGCCAUGGCCGAGGGGGCUCCCGUUCAGUGUCACCACCCGGCCCUGCGGUGUCGGGGCGCUCCCUCCUUCUCUCCCCGUGUCUGGUGCUGCCCAUCCUGUGGGACCGACGUAAGCAGCUUAUCAGGGCGCCGGAGCCGGUGCAGCAGCCGUGCUAUUCCUCACCCUUCCGGCCGGUGGCCGGGCACGAACGCACCUCGGAGCAGGAGACACAGACAGCUGAGGUGUCCUUGAUGGUGGUGGCGGCAGUGCAGGCGGUGGAGAGGAAGGUGGACUCCCAUUCCACCCGCCUGCUCGACCUGGAGGGUCGGACGGGGAUGGCAGAGAAGAAACUGAUUGACUGUGAGAAAACGGCGGCAGAACUGGGGAACCAGCUGGAGAGCAAGUGUGCGGCACUGGGCACCCUCAUCCAGGAGUACGGGCUGCUCCAGCGGCGCCUGGAGAACAUGGAGAACCUUCUGAAGAACAGGAAUUUCUGGAUCCUGCGGCUGCCCCCAGGCAGAAAGGGGGAAGUCCCCAAGGUGCCGGUGACGUUUGACGAUGUGUCCGUCUAUUUCAACAACAAGGAAUGGGAGAAGCUGGAGGAGUGGCAGAAGGAGCUGUACAAGAAUGUGAUGAAAGGGAACUAUGAGUCGCUCAUCUCCCUGGACUAUGCAAUUUCCAAACCCGGUGUCUUGUCUCAGAUUGAGCAAGGAGAGGAGUCGCGGGUCAGGAAUGAGCCAGACUUGGAGGAGAGUGAGAUCAUUACUGAUGCCACUGCAGCUGGCAUAAGGGUUGUGAUCAAAACGGAGGAGCUCCUUCCUGAAGACAGCCCUGAAAACCCUGAGCUGCAUGGGAUGUCGGGGCAGUCGGAGGGGAGCUUCCAGAGUCCAGAUGAGGAGGCAGCCUGCGAGAGUCCCUAUGGCUCCGUCUCACCUCCGAGGGACCUCCCGGGAACCAGCCUGGGUGACUCGUCUGAAUACGUGUCUGACUUCAAUGAGAUCCAGAGAGUCAUCGUUCACCAUGGGAGCUGCGCGGAGGAUGGGAUCGUGAUCAAGACGGAGGAAGAAGAAGAGGAGGAGGAGGACCCUGACGCUCUGGAGCCGUGUGACAUGUUCUCAGGCAGGAGCGAGCCGCCGGCGUUCCCCAGCCACGAGGCCGGGCUGGGCUGUGAGGCACAGUGCAGUUCCAAAACACAGCCCAGGAGCCUGGUGGCCACCCGCGUGAGGAAACCACCAGCGUGCGAGAGGGACUCUGGAGACAUGAAGCCAACCGCAGCCCAGCAGCGGAACCGCACGAGGGAGAGACCCUACAUCUGCCCCGAGUGCGGGAAGAGUUUCAUGCUCAAGAUCAACUUCAUGAUCCACCAGCGCAACCACCUCAAGGAAGGGCCCUAUGAGUGCCACGAGUGCGACCUCAGCUUCCGCAACAAACAGCAGUUCCUGCUGCACCAGCGCAGCCACACGCGCCGGGGUGUGGAGGUCCCCCGGCGCCCUGAGCAUGGUCUCAAGCCCCAGCCACGGGCCCAACCUCCGGGGAAGCCCUACAAGUGCUCCGAGUGCGAGAGCAGCUUCAGCCACAAGUCGAGCCUCAGCAAACACCAGAUCACACACGUCGGGGAGCGGCCUUUCACCUGCGGCGAGUGCCGGCGGAGCUUCCGCUUGCAGAUCAGCCUCAUCAUGCACCAGAGGAUCCACGCCGGCAAGAACGAGAUGGCCUUCCUCUGUCCCCAGUGCGGGAAGAAUUUCACCCGGCCCUCCCACCUCCUGCGGCACCAGCGGACUCACACCGGCGAGCGGCCCUACCAGUGCAGCCAGUGUGAGAAGACCUUCAGCGAGAAGUCCAAGCUCACCAACCAUUACCGCAUCCACACCCGGGAGCGCCCGCACGCCUGCGCCGUCUGCGGGAAGGGCUUCAUCCGCAAGCACCACCUCCUGGAGCACCAACGCAUCCACACGGGCGAGCGGCCCUACCACUGCACCGAGUGCGGCAAGAACUUCACCCAGAAGCAUCACCUCCUGGAGCACCAGCGAGCGCACACCGGCGAGCGGCCCUACCCCUGCACCGAGUGCACCAAGUGCUUCCGCUACAAGCAGUCUCUCAAAUACCACCUGAGGACGCACAUGGGAGAGUGAGGGGCUGCUGACGGCUUCCUCUCCCUCCCUUUCUUCCCUCCCUGCCUACAUCCCUCCCUCCAGCCUUCCCCUUCCUUCUCCACUCAUCUCUCCCUCCUUCCCUCCAUCUUCCUUCCCCCAGCUCAGGGCAUGGACAUCAAGGAAGCUUUGUGUGGCAGCGCCGCUGCUCUGGUGGAGACAGCUAGGCUGAUUGGAAAUAAAUUAAUUAAUUAAAGCAA